UUUUAAGACUAUGCAGAAGCUUCAGAUACAUUCCCAGUAUCAUGCGAUUCGGGCUGCGACGAUGUGUAAUCUCUGCCAGCGUAGUUUCCGUACAUUCCAGGCUUUAAAAAAACACUUGGAAGCAGGCCACCCCGAACUGAGUGAGGCUGAACUUCAACAGCUGUAUGCCUCCCUGCCCGUAAAUGGUGAACUUUGGGCAGAGAGUGAAACGAUGGCCCAGGAUGACCAUGCCCUGGAGCAGGAAAUGGAGAGAGAGUAUGAGGUGGACCAUGAAGGGAAGGCAAGUCCUGUAGGAAGUGACAGUAGCUCUAUUCCAGAUGACAUGGGCUCUGAACCAAAGCGGACUUUACCUUUUAGAAAAGGGCCAAAUUUCACGAUGGAAAAAUUCCUCGAUCCAUCUCGCCCGUAUAAAUGUACAGUGUGUAAAGAGUCAUUCACCCAAAAGAACAUUCUCUUGGUCCAUUAUAAUUCAGUUUCUCAUCUGCAUAAGUUGAAAAAGGUUUUGCAGGAAGCCUCCAGUCCUGUUCCUCAAGAAACCAACAGCAGCACAGAUAACAAACCCUACAAGUGCAGCAUCUGCAAUGUUGCGUACAGCCAAAGCUCGACCCUGGAAAUCCACAUGAGAUCCGUGCUCCACCAGACAAAGGCCAGGGCUGCGAAGCUGGAGCCGAGUGGCCAUGUGGCCGGUGGGCACAGCAUUGCAGCCAACGUCAGUAGUCCUGGCCAAGGGAUGUUAGAGUCCAUGAGUUUAGCAGCAGUAAGCAGCAAAGAUACCCACCUAGAUGCCAAAGAAUUAAAUAAAAAACAAACCCCGGAAAUGAUCUCUGCUCAACCUACGCAUCACCCACCGCAGUCACCAGCACAAAUUCAGAUGCAACUACAGCACGAGCUGCAACAACAAGCCGCAUUUUUUCAGCCUCAGUUUCUAAACCCGGCCUUUUUGCCUCAUUUUCCUAUGACCCCAGAAGCACUGCUGCAGUUUCAGCAGCCUCAGUUUCUCUUUCCAUUCUACAUCCCUGGGACAGAGUUCAGCUUGGGGCCCGAUUUGGGCUUGCCGGGCUCUGCCGCCUUUGGUAUGCCUGGCAUGACCGGCAUGGCUGGAUCCUUGCUCGAAGACUUGAAGCAGCAGAUUCAAACUCAGCAUCACGUAGGCCAGACUCAACUCCAGAUACUGCAGCAGCAAGCACAAUACCAGGCCGCACAGCCCCAGCUGCAGCCUCAAAAGCAGCAGCAGCAGCAGCAGCAGCAGCAGCAGCAACAGCAGCAGCAGCAGCAGCAGCAACAGCAGCAGGCAAGCAAAUUAUUGAAACAAGAGCAAACGAACGUAGCCAGUGCAGACUGCCCCGUCAUGAAGGACAUCCCGUCUUACAAGGAGGCGGAAGAGAUUGCUGACAAGCAAGAAAAGCCAAAGCAAGAAUUUAUAAGUGAAGGUGAAGGACUCAAAGAAGGCAAAGACGUCAAGAAGCAAAAAUCCUUGGAACCGUCCAUCCCGCCCCCCCGAAUAGCUUCAGGGGCCAGAGGAAAUGCAGCCAAAGCGUUACUGGAAAACUUUGGUUUUGAACUGGUCAUUCAGUAUAAUGAAAACAGGCAGAAGGUCCAGAAGAAAGGCAAAAGUGGUGAUGGUGACAAUACCGAUAAAUUGGAAUGCGGAACGUGUGGUAAAUUGUUUUCUAAUGUUCUUAUUUUAAAGAGUCACCAAGAACAUGUACACGGGCAAUUUUUUCCAUAUGGAGCAUUGGAAAAAUUUGCUCGCCAAUACCGGGAGGCCUAUGACAAGCUUUAUCCAAUUUCACCAUCUUCACCGGAAACGCCGCCUCCCCCACCUCCGCCUCCCCCUCUGCCUCCAGCCCCUCCACAGCCCUCUUCCAUGGGUCCUGUAAAACUCCCAAGCACGGUUUCUGCUCCUCUACAAGCUCCACCACCCACUCCCCCGCCACCACCACCGCCACCUCCUCCCCCACCUCCUCCCCCACCACCUCCACCUUCUGCACCCCCACAGGUCCAGCUGCCUGUUUCUCUUGACCUUCCGCUCUUUCCUUCCAUUAUGAUGCAACCUGUGCAACAUCCUGCACUUCCUCCCCAGCUCGCCCUGCAGCUGCCGCAGAUGGACACUCUCUCUGCCGAUCUCACCCAGCUUUGCCAGCAGCAGCUGGGACUAGAUCCCAACUUCUUAAGGCAUUCUCAGUUCAAACGCCCGCGGACGAGAAUUACGGACGAUCAACUCAAAAUCCUGAGGGCUUAUUUUGACAUCAAUAAUUCUCCCAGCGAAGAACAGAUCCAAGAAAUGGCGGAGAAAUCUGGCCUGUCUCAAAAAGUUAUCAAGCACUGGUUUCGAAAUACGCUUUUUAAGGAAAGGCAGAGAAAUAAGGAUUCACCAUACAACUUCAGUAACCCUCCCAUCACUGUUUUGGAAGAUAUCAGAAUCGAGCCACAGGCCUCCUCUUUAGAACACUACAAAUCUGAUGCGUCCUUCAGUAAAAGGUCUUCCAGAACAAGGUUUACUGACUACCAGCUUAGGGUUCUACAAGACUUUUUCGACACAAAUGCUUACCCAAAAGAUGAUGAAAUAGAACAACUUUCCACUGUUCUCAAUCUACCUACCCGAGUUAUUGUUGUAUGGUUCCAGAAUGCUCGUCAGAAAGCACGGAAGAGUUAUGAGAAUCAGGCAGAAACUAAAGAUAGUGAAAAGCGAGAACUCACGAACGAACGGUACAUUCGAACCAGCAACAUGCAGUACCAAUGUAAAAAGUGCAAUGUGGUUUUCCCCAGGAUCUUUGACUUGAUUACGCAUCAGAAAAAGCAGUGUUAUAAGGAUGAAGAUGAUGAUGCCCAAGACGAAAGCCAAACUGAAGACUCCAUGGAUGCCACUGAUCAAGUGGUGUACAAGCAUUGCGCAGGGUCUGGCCCAACGGAUGCAGCCAAAAACCCUGCUGGCCCUGCAGCAAGUUCUGGCUCUGGGACUAGUACCCCGCUGAUUCCAUCCCCCAAACCAGAACCUGAGAAGGCUUCUCCAAAACCAGAAUAUCCCACAGAAAAGCCAAAGCAGAGCGACCCCACUACCCCUUUGCAAGGCACCAAACCAGCCCUGCCAUUAGCAUCGACUUCCGCAGACCCCCCGCAGGCCUCGGCAGCCCAGCCCCAGCCCCAGCCCCAGCCCCCGAAACAGCCCCAACUUGUUGGAAGACCUCCCUCGGCCUCUCAAGCCCCGGUCCCUUCCAGUCCACUGCAGAUUUCCAUGACUUCUCUCCAGAACAGUCUACCUCCACAGUUACUACAAUACCAAUGUGAUCAGUGUACAGUUGCCUUCCCAACUCUGGAACUCUGGCAGGAGCACCAGCACAUGCACUUCCUCGCUGCUCAAAACCAAUUCCUUCACUCUCCGUUCUUGGAAAGGCCCAUGGAUAUGCCCUACAUGAUCUUCGACCCCAACAACCCACUGAUGACCGGCCAGCUGCUGAGCGGUUCUCUCACACAAAUGCCACCUCAGACCAGUUCCUCCCACGCCACAGCCCCCGCAACAGUUGCUGCUUCCCUUAAAAGGAAACUGGAUGAUAAAGAAGAUAAUAAUUGCAGUGAAAAGGAGGGAGGGAAUAGCGGUGAAGACCAGCACCGCGAUAAACGCUUGAGAACCACAAUCACCCCGGAACAACUGGAAAUACUCUAUGAAAAGUACUUGUUGGAUUCCAAUCCGACCAGAAAAAUGCUUGAUCACAUUGCACGUGAAGUGGGGCUGAAAAAGAGAGUCGUGCAAGUCUGGUUCCAGAAUACACGAGCUCGAGAAAGGAAAGGCCAGUUCCGGGCGGUGGGUCCCGCCCAGUCGCAUAAACGGUGUCCCUUUUGCCGAGCCUUGUUCAAGGCAAAGUCAGCCUUGGAAAGCCACAUUCGCUCUCGGCACUGGAACGAAGGAAAGCAGGCAGGUUACAGCUUGCCACCAAGCCCGUUAAUAUCAGCAGAAGAUGGGGCAGAAAGCCCACAGAAAUACAUUUAUUUUGAUUAUCCAUCUCUGCCAUUAACUAAAAUCGAUCUAUCAAGUGAGAACGAAUUGGCUUCUACAGUGUCAACACCUGUGAGCAAAACAGCAGAGCUGUCGCCGAAGAAUCUUUUAAGCCCUUCUUCUUUCAAAGCAGAAUGUUCUGAGGAUGUAGAGAAUUUAAAUGCCCCUCCUGCUGAGACUGGAUAUGAUCAAAAUAAAACUGAUUUUGAUGAGACUUCAUCCGUUAAUACAGCCAUGAGUGAUGCCACCACAGGAGAUGAGGGAAACACUGAGAUGGAAAGCACCACGGGAAGUUCUGGAGAUGUGAAGCCAGCUUUAUCUCCUAAAGAGCCGAAAACUCUCGAUACUUUGCCCAAAACAGCAACCACACCCACCACGGAGGUUUGCGAUGAAAAAUUUCUCUUUUCUCUCACCAGUCCCUCGAUACAUUUCAAUGAUAAAGAUGGUGACCAUGACCAAAGCUUUUAUAUCACGGAUGACCCCGAUGACAAUGCUGACCGCAGUGAGACAUCGAGCAUAGCUGACCCGAGUUCACCAAAUCCAUUCGGAUCCAGCAAUCCCUUUAAAUCCAAAAGUAACGAUCGACCGGGGCACAAGAGGUUCAGAACCCAAAUGAGCAAUCUUCAGCUCAAGGUCCUCAAGGCUUGCUUUAGUGACUACCGAACUCCAACCAUGCAGGAAUGUGAGAUGCUAGGGAAUGAGAUUGGUCUGCCCAAACGCGUGGUCCAGGUGUGGUUCCAAAAUGCCAGGGCCAAGGAAAAGAAAUUUAAAAUUAACAUCGGGAAGCCUUUCAUGAUCAAUCAAAGCGGAACGGAAGGCACCAAACCAGAGUGUACCCUCUGUGGGGUGAAGUACUCUGCCCGCUUGUCCAUCAGAGAUCAUAUUUUCUCCAAACAGCACAUUUCCAAAGUGAGGGAGACCGUCGGGAGUCAGCUUGAUCGGGAGAAAGAUUACUUGGCUCCGACCACCGUGCGACAGCUGAUGGCACAGCAGGAACUUGAUCGUA